AUGCAUAUCCUCUUCGCCGUUGCCUUCGACCUUACUGGCCAAGGCGAGAAAUUCUUCCGCUCGCUGCGGGACCUUUCUGCAAUCAGCCCUAACUGGUCCCCUUCAAUCACUUUUCUUUGCCGUCUCGCGAAUCAACGCCGAUCCGACGCCCGUCAGAGUAGGCGACCCGGCGUCCACACCUCUGGGUCCGGCAUCUCCUGCCAGGACGUCAAACUCGCCAUCGCCUCUUUGCGCACCCAGACGACGCCUCAAUCCCCGCCUGCAAAAGGGUCUAGGUCCCACGAGGUUUCCAUCCCACCGAGCACCAGACUCCCCGACCCUGCAAUUCCUUCCGACCCUCUCGGCGUUCCCAAGGCUGUCAAUACUCCCAAGCCCAAGAAGUCUAUAGAGCCUGCAAGCCCUUCUGACAAUGUCGAAAUUGUUGAGUCUGUCGACGCGCCCGAUCUCAACGAGUCUAUCGGGCCUGCAAGUUCCCCCCAUAAGCCUGCAAGUCCUUUCGAGUGUGGCAGUACUCCGGCACCCAAUAGUCCCUUCGGGUCUAGCAUUCCUGACACCGAUAGUAAUUUGAACCGACACUUGCCCCUAGGCAACACCAUCCUCUCCGAGAUCGAGGACCCCACCCAGCCCAACACCCCCCGAAAGCCCAGCAGUCCUUCCGCAUCGCAAAGCCUUUCUCCCGAGGCCGGCAGGGCAGACGCGUCACCAUCUGAUCCAGACCUCUUGGAACCCCUCAAUCCCGGCAACACAAGUCAUUACGACGACGCUGACACAGGGAGUGAUAUUUCAAUGGACUUGGAGGAUCUGUACCUACCCCAAGACGACGACAGUGCUAUCCUACCCCGGGCCCCUUCACCUCCGCCCACCUCUGCCGGCACCUCACAGUCCAGCAACCAAGCGCAGCCGGCUAGCCAGCGUCGUCUCAGUCAGAACGUGACGCUUUACAGACCCAGCAAGCGACCCUUGCGCGAAAUACAAGCCCACACAUCCGAGAAGCUCACAUCCGCAAUGGCAAAAAGGUCUCGUCUUUGGGCAAGAGGCUGA